ACCUAGUGCAGAAGUGCGUUUGUGUGUGUUCGAUGUUUUGAUUGUAACGUGAAAAAAACAAUAUUUUUGUUUCAAGGAAGCACGCCAAUCGAAACUAUUUCAUCAGGCAUUAUGACCAGAAGGAACACAAGACGUUUGGCCAGGAAACAAUCACGUAAAAGUUUUCGCCAGAACAAGAAAAUUCUACGCAAACAAAAUCAAAGUAAAAUUGGCCGAGGCAAAGCUAUGUUGACAAGAAAAAAUAAUGUGCUUCCUCAUGACCAGGUCAUGAAGAGGGAUGGCCCAACAACAACAACACCAAGUGACAAGACUGCGGCUAAGCAAAAUAAUGAUGAUAUUCCAAGUCCAAGCCGUGCCGUGUUAAUGAACAAUCAGAAAAAAUCGCCACAGAAAGUUUGGAAGAAGAGUCCACUGAAGGCGGGUUACAUAAAUAAGUUUCAAAAAUUUAGAGAUGAUAAGGCGAAAAAACUGGUCAAACGCAGCAAAAUGAUAAUGCUUGAUCUGACCAAGAGUCAAAACGAAAGCUCUGGUGGUGGUGGUGGAAGAUUAUAUUUGAACAAGUCGGCUAGAAAACAAAUGAAAUCUCCCAAACAGAUUAAACGCAAUUGUAAUCUGAGAAAUAACAGAAAUAAUAAACCAAAAACAUCUUUCAAAGCACCAAAUAGUUCCAAAGGAGUAGACAACAAAUCACAGAAAGAAGCCCCCGUCCACAAAGUGAACAAAGACAAUGAGAAGAACAAGAAUGAUGGUGACGAUGACGACGAUGAUUGUAUUUUGAUAGAAAAAAAUUCCACACAAAUUAUCAUCGAUGACGAUGAUGAUGAUAGCGAUGACACCACUAGCAGUAGUGAUGAAGAGGAAACCAAAACCAAUAACAAACCCAAACCACCGGCAUCUUCCGUACCAGAAUAUCAAUCAUUAUUCCAAUCAUUUUCCAAACGUGGCUCAUCAACUCCCCUUGUAAAAAAUCAGCAAAGAAUAUUACCUUCAAAGCGUAGAAAGAUCAAUAACAAUGACAAUCAUUUCGCUUCAAAUUCCCCUCAGCAACAUUUAACCUUUGCUCAGGUUGCUGCCAAUAAUACCAGCACAAAGGCCAAUGAUUUAUUUUUUGUUGAUGUUAAUAGUAAUGCAUUUUUAGGAAAUAUUAAAUAUAUUCCCAGGAAACCCCUGAGUGAGACAUCAAAUUCCAGCAAUACAAAGGAGGCCGGGAAGAGGAUGGAGAACGGCGAUGAUGAUGAUGAUGUUAUUGUUCUUGACAAUGAUACAACCCUGAAAGAUAGCAGCAAAAAAUCUACGACGAAUCACAAAACAGGCAAUGCAUCGUCAUCCAGUGAAUCAUCCAGUAGCGAUGAUUCUUCAAGUGAGGAAGAAGAGGGUGAAAUUAUUGAUGAUACCAUUAAAAAGAAGAGUGCAUCGAAUGCCAUUGCCGAUGAUUCGGUGGUGUUUAUAUCGGAAACAGAUUCCAAUGAUUUUAUACCCUUGAAUGAUGGUAAAAAUAAUGUGAAGCCUCAAAACUCUGCCGCACCACCCGCCAAGACUGCCACAAAAACACAUUUGUAUAGUGAUUUAUUUACCAGAAAUGAAAAGAAACAAUUGGAGGUGUAUAAUAGCAAUGCCUAUAACCCCAAUGCCGGGGAGGGGUUUACCGCCAAGAAACGUCCUGUAAUCAUCGAUGGCAGUAAUGUUGCUUUCAAACACUCUCUGGACAAGGGCUUCUCGGUGAAGGGUCUCAAAAUUGCCAUCGAGUAUUUCGAGAGCAUGGGCCAUGAAGUCAAGGCGGUUAUACCACAGUUUCGUAUGAAUCAAAAUAAAUCCACAGAUCCGGCGGAAUUGGAUCGUUUGCAUAAAAGUGGCAAAAUUGUACAAACGCCAUGUAAAAAUCUACCUGGACUUACCAGUACCAGUUAUGAUGAUCGUUUUAUUUUACAACUGGCCUGUGCCAUGGAUGCUGCCAUUGUUUCGAAUGACAACUAUCGUGAUUUGCUGCACGAGAAUCCGGCCUUCAAGAAAAUCAUUGAGACACGGGUGAUUGGUUAUACCUGGUGUAAUGAUAUAUUUAUAUUGCCCAAAGAUCCCUAUGGCAAAUGGGGUCCCACCUUGGAUAUGAUACUUAAUCGCUCAUAAAAUGUUUUCUUACGUACUUUUAUCAUUCAUCAUUAUUAUUAUUAUUAUUGUUAUACACAACUAGUUCGUUCGUUCACUCAACGCCAAAGGAGUUCUUAGCUUUUGGAUUUACGUUUUGAGGGUUAUUUUUGUUGUCGUUUAAUUAAAAAUAAAUAGGACAUGUGAUGAGAAUUGAUAUGAACCAUUUUUCUGUGUCCUUAAACUCAUCUAAUUGUCAUCACAUGCACCCCAAGAUUUUUGAAUAUAUUUCCAUUGAAAAUAUAUUGAGAUAAAUCUUGGCAAAUCUUUAUUAUUAAUUUAUGAAAUACUACAAUAAAUUUGAAAUAAGUACCUGAAAUUAAGUCCAAGCUACCAAACUAUUACCUUCUCAACAUUUUUGAUUUGGCUUCAUAAAAUUUAUUUUUUGUAAAAUUUAAAUGAGAGUUUUUUUUGGGAGUAACACUCCCCACACCCCGCUACACACACAGUCUUUAAUGAAUAGAAAUGUGUAUUCUUCACAUACAUCACAGUUAAUUAUAGUUAGUUACCAACUGCCUACUUCAAGAAAUUAUCAAUGAGUAUUUUAUUUCGGUUUAUCUACUUGUGGGCAAACAGAUGUUGAAAUAAUAAAUUUCUUCUUUCGCCCUGUUAUUUCAUAUAUACAAUUUAAUACUACCUUUUUUUAUUUAAAUAUUAAUUCUAAUAAUGCGUUUAUAUUUUUUGUUUAGUUUUUAACGUUGUCUAUAAGUUCUUCUUUUUUUGCCAAUUAAAUUUACAUGUAUUGUAAAAUUAAUAAUAAUGAAAAAACAAUGUUUGAA